GGUAUUAAAAUGACCCACCCAAGCUUUUGGCGGCGGAGGGCGCCCUGAGGCCUGGCACUCGACCGCUGGUUCGCCAGUCUAUCACUGCAUCCAGUCCUCUGGAUCCAUCAUCCACCACCUUCGACCUCUGUCCACCACUCACCCCGUCGGCUUCGACGACGUCUGCACCGCCAACCUCACCUCCUCCCUACGUCUUCUAUUCUCCUGCCCUGCGCAGCUCUGCAUUCAGCUGUAUUCAGCGAAAUCAACUGUCGGCAAUUUUUUUUAAAACUCAUUUUACUUGCGUUUCCGGGGUUCUGCUGUGUGCGUUUCUCCUACUUGCUUUGGGUUCCAACCUGCUUCUUGGGGAUCUUUUUUUUUCUUGUUGGGUUCUGGGACAGCGAACAUUUCACCAUUUCUACCUUUUCACCAGCGCCUCUGCUUGGGCUUUUCUUGAGUCGACAGCGACGCCUCACACCUUGCACUUCGUCCGACUUCGCUCGAAUUUGACCCUUCGAUGACAGACCGAAACAUGGCUGCCGCCCGCCGCAGAAAGAUCGGGCACCGUCGCCGCGUUGAGGAUGAGGGCGAAGAGGAGGGUGGCCCGGAUCACCUGGAUCUAGAUGAUGAUUCGCUCUCGGACGCUUCGAUUGCGACUGAUGACCACGAUGCCGACAACGACAGCGACACAAGUAACGUCGACGAAGUCGUGCCGACAUCGCCCACUGCCACAAAACCGACCGAAACUACCGACAAAGUCGCGAGCAAAGUCGACAGAUCAUCACAAAAACUUCCUGUCGUACCGGGCAAAACCAUGUCAGACACCACUGCAAUGAUGCACGGCAUGGCGCUGGACGAUGGAUCCACAGCGCAGGAAUUACACUUUGAUGAAACUCAGACCGACGAGGCGCAACGUGAGGAGCGGCAAGACGGACAGAAUGCGGACCCUCCGGCUCCAUCGAAAUCGCCUGGUGCGCCUGUCGUUGUGAGCUCGACAGCAGCCACAAGACCGUCUUCGGAGCACGCAGAUGGUAGACGGCGCCAUGAACAUGACGACUAUCGGAAGAAGAGAGACGAGGAUCCGGCUUUUGUGCCGAACCGGGGUGCCUUCUUCAUGCAUGAUCAUCGACAUGCUGGACCAGCUGCGAACGGGUUUCGACCCUUUGGGAGAGGCCGGGGUGGUCGAGGUGGACGAGGGGGCAUAGGAGGACCAUUCUCGCCGAUGAACCAAAUGCACCGCCCUGGUGAUCCCACCACUACGUUGCCCUGGGCUCACGACAUGCACGAGACAGUCGCCGCGCGCGGCCCCGGCCCAAGUCGUCAACCGCGGCAGCUGCCAGAGCCUGAAGGCCCUCCAAAUGGCAACGGGUUCAUCCCAACACGAGAGCCGAACCCCACUCCCAUCAACCGCAUGUUGUCGACCGAGAAGCACAUUGGAAAUGUCCAGGUCAGAGUCUCCUUGCCUGGGAUGGCGAAGGCUUUGGUUAAGCCUGGACUUGCUGUCAAGCAGUACACCAAGUUGCCUGAUCACCGCCCGCCUCUGCGACGAGACAAACCAGUCCGCAUCUCCCUCCCAGACCGCCCGCCGCGCUACAUUUAUCCAGCCGUCGAUCGAUCAUUCAUUUUCAUCCCCAGGGCCAUGCGACCCAACCAGCAGCGGGGUAGGGGCAAAGGGCGGUCGGGUGCCAUGGGCUCUGCUGGCGGCUUCUCGAGGAGGACAAGUGUCUUUGGUGGGAGUUACUAUGGCAGCAUGUAUUCCCCCAGCGUGGCGAUGAGCAGGAGGUCGAGUUUUGCUCAGGAUCGCGAUGCCAUGUUCUCGCCGGCAGCGUCAGUGGCUUCUCGCGCAGGGCCACCUGCGGAAAACGCCAGGCCUGUCGUUCGCCUUCCGCCAUCCACACGAUCCGAAGCUGUGCCCGCCAUGCACAACGGCCACGCUCCUACCCUGCCUAUCAACGGACCACCACCACAAUUUCAGGAAAACCGCACGGCGGACGGCGUGCCCAUACACCAGCCUCGCCCAAAGAAGAAUAUCUCUGUGGCCGACAUCGAGUCCCCUUCGUUCAACCAGGGCCCGGCAUUCCAGCAAGCCUUCCACCAGCAGAUGCCCAUGCAGAUGGGGAAUGGCCAUCCAAAGGAAAAUCACGCCCGACAACACUCGUACUUGUCGCAGCGUUCCUCGGGGACGCCCUUGUCUCAAAUACCCGAACGGGCCAUCCACGCUGCGCCCUUCCAGCCGAACCCUUACGGACAGGUUAUGCCACAGCAGCCCUACUACGGCCAGCAGGAGUUCCAGGGUCCAGUGCCACCUGCUUAUUCACCUUACUACGGCGGCAGCGCUUACAACGCACCCACCAUGGCCGCUCCUGUUGUUCCUGGCUACGGGCCCCCCUCACAUCACGGCGCUCCCAGUGGCUAUGCGCCCCCGGCAACCGAUCCUGCAGCAAUGCAAGCAAACGACCCUGCUCAAACAGCGAAUGGUCAACUAGUUGCCCAGGAGGCCAACGGCAUGGUUUACUACUACAAUACCCCACAGCCUGGGUCAAUGAAUCCCUAUCAGCAAUACCCGACGGCGCAGCCAUAUCAGCCCGGCGGGAUGGGGAUGGGUGGCAUGGUCACCCCUAGUCCAGAUGGAUACUACUAUCCCCAAGGAGGGCAGAACAUGGUGUAUUAUCCCCAAUAGCCACAAGUCUGGCCCGAUCAUCUCUAAUUGGAAAAAUGCUCGCUACACUGCGCAGCGAGGUUGGAAAUAAGCUGGAAGGAGCUCAUCGGUAGCUCACUUGGCGGAAGCUGAACGAGACGUUGUGUUGGUAACUCUUGUGGUCGUCUCUGUCUCGUUGCCCUUUUCCCCAGUCGAGGGAAUGCGUAGUGUUGAGUUGCUGUCGGUAGCAGCGGCGUUUUAGGUGUUUGGCAGAGGAGUCAUUCUACAUGUACGUAGGCGAAUGCUAUGCUUGGCCCUGGGGCUUUGCGGAAUCAAAUGAUGGCCAUUUGUGCGAAGCGUUGCAACGAUAUCUUCUAGUAACCAAGCUACUACGGUAGUACUGCCCAAGAACUACUUACGUUUAUCACAUGCUG